UAAGCGGACAAUUAUUCAAAUUGGUUCAGUUAUGCCCCAUUCGUCGGCUUCAUCGGCAAUAUCGGUGCAAUCGCCGCGCUCUCCACUAUCAGUACAAUCUCCUGAUAUUAGCGAACCGUUGUCUCCCAACGCUUCCAAUCACAGCUAUCAGAGCAUUGCAAGUGUUGAAACCGGACUUAACUCGACAUCAGUUAGUGUUGUGUCACACUUGAAGAGUCAUUCACCGCCCAGUGUUGGACACAAUCACAAUAAGUGCGAUACAAUGUUAAAUAGGGACACAUCUACGCCUUCAUCAAUCAUAGAUCCGGGAGAUGAGAGAGAAAACUGUUCAUUAGAUGAAGAUUACUUCAAACCAUAUAAAAGAUUGCGAAUGCAAGAAUCGUCCGGUGCUGAUACCGAAGACAAGUCAAUAAUGAAACAAACAGUUACUCCACGACGCGAAUCACCGGUAGAUGAGGUCAACGAAAGCGACAAACCAUUGACUUCUUUCCUUAUUAAAGACAUAUUAUCACACAAACCAAAGAUGUGUACAGACAUUAUUAAUAGUGAAACCCGUGGUAUAGUUAGGCCCUGGGAUUUAGAUACUUCACAACACAAUACUCUCCAUCACAUCAAUAAUUUUGAUCGCAUUUCACAUCAUAACCGAAGGCCGCGUUCGGCUGACGACGACUCGCGAUCCGAAAGGUCUGAAAGUGAUUCAUCGGAAAGUCCGACCAUUAGUGGUACAAACAAUGCAUUGACAUCACCUCUCGAUGCACUCUUCCAGAUGACAACCAAAGCCUUUGAUGGUAUCGACGGAAGUGAGAAGUCUUCGGACGCAUCGGCCGAUCACUUGAAUCUCUUCAGCAACAGAUCGGCGCAGUCGAAGAAAAAACGGAAAUCGAGGACAGCCUUCACUAAUCACCAGAUCUUUGAAUUAGAGAAAAGAUUUCUCUAUCAGAAGUACUUAUCGCCGGCCGAUAGGGACGAAAUCGCACAGACAUUAGGACUGACCAAUGCUCAGGUCAUCACAUGGUUUCAGAACCGUAGGGCAAAACUGAAACGCGAUAUGGAGGAGCUGAAGAAGGACGUGGAUGCGGCCAAACUGAUUCCGGUUCAUAAAAGUCUAUUAGAGAUACAGGACUUGAAUCUCCUAAAAAAGGCUGAAUUGGCUGCAGUUCUUCACCAACACAGCAAAUCGUCUCUCAGUUAAUUGUU